AGAGAAUCUGCUGCUUCGAUCCCAUCUGUCUUUCUGGUCCAAUGUUCCACUGAGAAGCAGCAGACAUAUCCACGUGCCCGCCGUGACACAUUUUGUGAUUCGUCUCCAAAUAUUCAGAUAUUUGUGUUUCAUUGAAACACACAACAGAAAAUAACCAUGGUGAAGUUAGCAAAGGCAGCAAAUCAGCAGGCACAGAAGAAAAAAGCUGCUCCACCACCUAAAAAAGUGGAGGAGGAAUCUAGUGAAGAAGAAAGCAGUGAAGAAGAGGAGGCUCCUCCACCUAAAAGUGCAAAGAAAGCAACUCCAAAAGCUGUGAAAAAUGGCUCCAUAACUAAAAAGGCAGAAAGUGAUGACGAUGAGUCUGAAGAAUCAUCUGAAGAGGCACCACCACCAAAAAAGACGCCUGCUAAAGCAACACCUGCAAAAACAAAAUCCAAACCCACACCUGCAAAGGCAGAAGAGUCUGAUGAUGACGACGAGGAUGAUGAUGAGUCAGAAGAAGAGGCUCUGCCUCCCAAGAAAGCAACCAAGCCAGCUGCAAAGCCUCCAGCAAAGGUUCAGCCCGCAAAGGAGUCCGAUGAAGAUGAUGACGAUGAAGAGGACUCAGAAGAGGAAGCUCCUCCCCCUAAGAAGGCUACUCCUGGUAAGCCAGCUGCCAAAGCAGCAGCAAAGCCAGCUGCCAAAGCACCACAAGCUGAAGAGUCAUCUGAUGAAGAAGACGAUGAUGAUGAUGACUCUGAAGAGGAGAUGGAUACCACCCCAGCUCCAGCAACCACUAAGGCAAAGAAAGCAGGCAUGGUCAAGGCUAAAGAAGAGUCUGAAGAGGAGGAAGAUGAUGAUGACGAUGAGGAGGAGGAAGAUGAAGAGGAACCUCCAGCAAAACCUGCAAAAAGAAAGGCUGAGACCAAAAAGGAAACACCCCCUGCCAAAAAAUCAAAGUCUGAUGGUGAAGGAUUCUGUCUGUUUGUUGGAAACUUGAACCCAAACAAAGACUUUGAUGAGCUCAAAUCUGCACUGAGUAAAUUCUUCUCAAAAAACGACCUUGAGACUGUUGAGGUUCGGCUUGGAGCAUCAAGGAAAUUCGGCUAUGUGGACUUUGCAUCUGAGGAAGACCUUAAUAAGGCACUGGAGCUCAAUGGGAAAAAAGUCAUGGGUCAAGAGCUCAAGUUGGACAGGGCCCACAGCAAAGAGAAUGCACAAGAGGGCAGAAAAGAGAGGGAUACCCGAACACUGUUUGUGAAAAACCUUCCUUUUUCUGCAACUGCUGAUGACCUGAAGGAAUUGUUUGAAGAUGCAGUUGACAUCAGGUUACCUCAAGGACAAAAUGGCUCCAACAGAGGCAUUGCCUAUAUCGAGUUCAAAAGUGAAGCUGAAGCGGAGAAGAUGCUUGAAGAAACUCAAGGCGCUGAUGUGCAGGGAAGGUCAAUUAUGGUUGACUAUGUUGGAGAAAAGAGCCAAAAGGGGGCUAGGGUCUCUGCCUCAGGAGCAGGACCUGCCAAUAAAACACUGGUGGUAAACAAUCUUGCCUUCAGUGCCACAGAAGAAUCUCUACAGUCCGCCUUUGAGAAGGCAAUCUCUAUAAGGAUUCCACAGAGGGACGGCAGACCUAAAGGCUUUGCCUUUAUAGAGUUUGAGAGCACGGAUGAUGCAAAGGAGGCUUUAGAAAACCUGAACAACACAGAAAUUGAAGGACGAACAGUCAGACUAGAGUACAGCCAGAAGAGCACCGGUGGAAGAGAUGGAGGGCCGACAAAGACUCUUUUUGUGAAGGGUCUUUCUGAGGACACCACAGAUCAAACCCUUAGGGACUCCUUCGAUGGUGCUGUUGGAGCCAGGAUAGUUACAGACAGGGAUACUGGUUCAUCCAAAGGCUUUGGCUUUGUGGACUUUGACAACGAGGACGACUGCAAAGCAGCUAAGGAGGCGAUGGAAGAUGGUGAAAUCGAUGGCUGCAAAGUGACCCUGGACUAUGCCAAGCCCAAGGGCGAGGGUGGCUUCCGUGGAGGGAGAGGAGGAGGCGGCGGUGGAGGCCGUGGUGGCUUUAGAGGAGGCCGCGGCGGGUUUGGUGGUCGCGGUGGAGGCAGAGGAGGUGGAGGACGUGGACGUGGAGGACGAGGUGGUUUUGGAGGCUUUGGAGGUGGACGAGGUGGUGGUGGUGGAGGAUUUGGAGGAAGGCCCCAGGGAAAGAAAAUCAAAUUUGACGAUUAAAUCCUUGAUGUAUUUUUAUGUUUUCAAUGGACUCUGGUUUCAUCAGUUUCAGAGCUUUUGGACAUUCCAGAAAGCCUCGUUGGUAUAUUUAUCUGUAAAUGGGCAUUUUUUUUAGCCCUUUAUUUAGACCGUUCUCAUCUCUACCUUCUUGUGCCAGAAUGGUACCUCUGACCUUUUCACCUUUUAAUGCUACAUGUGAAAACUGAAUGUCCCAAAAGCAAACGUGCGCCUCUUGCCCUCCUGUAGGGUCUUUUUUUCACAAGGAGUAAAAUGGAAUGGGUCUGGUAAGCAAGUUUGCUGUGAAAAGACAAGGUUCUUGUCGAGCGCAUUGUGUAAAUUUGAACUGUAUGAUUUCAUUUUACCUUUUGUAAAAAGAAUUUACACCUGUAUCCAUAUUUUUGUUUUUAUUUUGUCCUUUAGUUUCCUUUAGCCGUUUAGUUUUACUGUGCUGAAUCGCAUUUUGAUAGUUCAACCUUCAGAGCUGUUUGUUGUUUGUCACGGUUUGGUGGAGCUGAUGGAAAAACCUCUGUAACAUAAAAUGUUAGAGUGUAUUGACUAAUUGUUUUUGUCUUGUAUCUCAAGAUUUUCAAGAUUAAAUAAACCUCACAGGGGGUCAUUUUUAAUUUUGUCAAGUAUGAUCUGAGUGAGUUUAGGCGAUGUCCUGACAUCAAUGUACUAGUAUGGUCAUUUGCUGUUUUUGUGGUUUUAAAGAGCACAUUUUUUUAUGUAACUAAAGGAUUGGUUCACAAAUCAUUCGCUUAAAAUUAAAUUGUAGAGAAAAGUCAAGUUCAAACAUUUACAUCAAAAAUAAAAUGUGAUUAUGGUG